GAAUACAUUUUAUAAAUUGAAACACGAUUGGUUGGUUAUCUUUACACUGAGCCAAUCAACUAGGAGUUCACUUAUUAUUAAGAUCUCGUCGGUUUUGUUUUGUUUUGUUUAAUUUCGUACAAUGCAGGUAAUGAUCGCAAAAUUUAUUGUACACUGUCGACGUUUUGAUCAUGUGCAGAAAAAAUAAUAGCACCAUGGAUGUAGCGGCGGCGCCACAUGAAGGUGACGAGACUGUCAGUCUGGUGGAGGUGUUGGCAGCGCGGGAUGGAUACCUCUCGGAGGAGGAGUUGUGGGCCUUCUGUCGCGAGUGCUGCCUCACCCUGGAGUACAUCGAAGGAUCACGUGACCUCUGUCAGUCGCUGUGUCUGUCCCCCGAAACGCUUGCCUUUGACAGCACGGGCAGUGUCUGCUUCCUGGAUCUCGACAUCGAUCCAGACCCAGUGUACGUCCCACCGGAGUACGAAGACUGCUGCAGCUCAAUCAAGUCUCACCUGUUCUCUGUUGGUAUGAGCAUGCUGUAUGCCGUCCGGUACACCGUGGAGACCGACAACCCGCGACCCAUGCUGGGCGACACCAUCACCGACCUACUGGGUCAGCUGACCUGCGAUGAGGUUACGAAGCGACCCGACCUCUUGGAUGUGAUCCGGUGGUGUGAUGAUGCUCUACAAGGGAGGUCAUCCCAAGACAUCUGUCUGAAACUGUGCAGCGCCUUCACGCAAACCGCAACACUACAAGAAGGUAGCAGCAUUCUGGAGCUGACCAGUGGACUUUCUGCCUAUCUCCAGUCUCAGUCAGGUUUGGUCACCAGCCCAGAAUCAAACCACUCAGAUUUCAGAGAUUCGGUCACCAUGGAAACAGAAUAUGAAUCUCAUUUCAGUCAUUCACAGGAAAGGGUAAACUGUGUGUCAUCUAAAAAGUUCAGUUUGGGUGAUAACAGCAUGGUGGAUUCACAUGUUACAGAAAGUGAAGGAAAGAAACAGAAUGAUUCUCUGGGUGAUUCUGGUGUUGAAUUUGUCUCCCCUUAUAAAGUGGACGUGAAUGCCAGUUGCUCGAACAAGAAGAACAGUUCUGAAGAGAAAAUCAAGGUGCUUCAUUUGCAAGAUGGUGCUGAAGGUGGUCUUAAAGAGACGUUGAAGAAAAAAGAGGGUAUGACAGUCAAUGAUUUGUUAGAUAUUCUUGAUCGCUAUCUUCAAGAACAAGAGUUAUGGGCCUUGUGCAAGGAAGGCGUAAUAGCUUUACAACGAAAGAAAAAACAUUUACCUGCUUACAUCUCUCCAGACACGGUAGUGGUACGCGAGGAUGGUAGCCUGUCCUUUAAACCCAUACCGGAGGACAAACCUCUAGAAGUGGUCUUCAUGGCUCCUGAAUUGCAGCAGAAAGGAAUCCUAUCGGAACAGACCUGUCUGUAUGGUCUGGGUAUGACGUUGCGCUGUGCUGCAGGUCAGGAAUAUUCCACAUCCAUGUCGCUGCCAGUGAGUCAGAAGUUUGAAAAUCUCCUCGUGGCCAUGUUACAGACCAACGCAGAGAAGAGACCAACCUUAAUGGAGACUCUUGACAUCUGCAGUGAACUGGAGUUGUCAGUUAAAGCGACUGCAUCCAGCCAUGUGUGUAAAACUAUAUACGAAGCGGCCAUUGCUGAACUGGCGUCUCCCGCAGACCACCAUGAUUGUCAAGACCACCACGACGAAGAUGAGUCCGAGUUGUGUCAGCUCUAUGAACAAACCAAACAUCUGCCAGACAACCCCUCAGAAUACGAAAACCUCAGAGCUUCCACCGAGCACACGAAUGUGGAAUCUCCGUGGGAAGAGAUUUGUGAAGCUGGUGGAGACUUGCAACCAAUCAGAUCUCCUCCUUCGGCCUUCAGACCCGUGCCUGGCACUCCUACGAAACCUCACGCCAUCAGCUCAAUGGGCCUACAUCUCAAAGCACUGGAUCCCAGCAAGCCGUCCUCCGACAGACACACAGUACCCACAGCUUUCUCAUCUCCAUCCACUCACUUCACACCCAUUGUCAUCCAGCGGCAUCUAACACAAAAGGCUGAGACAUCUCCCGAUACAAAGACAGACGUGAUGAAGAAACUGAAGGAUUUGAAACAGGAUCUUCUGAAACAUAAAUCAGCAUGUAAGACAGGUGAUGGCGACAAGAGUCAUGUGGGUAAAGGAGAAGUAACUCCGGCUACACAUCAGAGUGUAGAGGGUGACAGGUCCCUAGAAGUGUUGCUGAGCAGACUGCAGUCUGAUGGACAGAUGCCCAACAUGAAGGUCUUGGCAUCUGCCAUCGCGCAGUAUUUACAGGGCCACACCGAACCUCUGGGUGAGAGGAUACCACAAACAGGUGAUCCAAGUCAGUCUUCCUCACCGAGAGUAGCACCUCAAGCUGUCUUCUCACAAACAAACAGUAUUAACAGUACGAUACCUCCAGUAACAAGCAUCAUUACUUCUCAGACAACAAGCCUACCUGGUUCUCAACCAACCAGUAUGGUUGGUCAUAACCCACUUCAGGUAGCAUCAUCACAGGUGUUGUCUUCAGCUAGCAGUACUUACAAUACGACAGAGAUGACAGCAAAUAUGAUUAGUCAAAAUCUAAUUCAAACUGAGGCUGGAUCUUCACAAGUUAUCUCAUCACAGAGUAGCAAUACUUUCCAAACAAUACCACAAAAUGCAAAUUUGAUUGGUCAAAAUCCACAUAACAGUUACAGUACACUACCACAGACAAACGUGGUUGGUCAGAAGCCAAUGGAGGGUGUAUACCAGACAGUUCGUCAGCCAGCAAACCUGACUGGUGAUAAACAACAAACUACUACACAAGUGUACCAUCAGGCAAAUGUAGCCCAGCCACAAGAGUGUCCUGUGAUUCCUGGUGUAAAUAUUGCAGUGGCAGGACACCACACAGUGAUGAAUCAAGGACUUGCAAUUCCAGUUCAGUACGGAAAUAACAUUCUCCCUAGUUACCCCAUGCAACUUCACCAUGAUCCAGUAACUGGUUUGAUGCAUCUAGUUCCUGUUAAUGUCAUGCCGUAUGGGAGAGUGCAGGGCCGUGGUUCAGAGCAGUACUCUAAUGUGUUUCCUUUCCUCGACAGACGAAGUGAUGAUGGCCACAGUGUUUCUGAUUCAGACAGGAGUAUUCAAAACACACAGAAAGCUGCUGAAGGUUCUGUCUGUUCGUAUUCAUCGUCCGUGUCUGAAACAUACGGACGUACGAGUAACACAGCUGUGAACCAGUCAAACACUGUGAGAACUACGUCUCGCAACAGCGACCAAAGCCACAACAGUCAGGUGUAUUCAUCCGUACACAGCGGUGGUCAUUCCACGACACCGUGCAGCGAUGGACAACGGCAGCAGUUGAGUAGAAUGCUAACCGAAAAUGAAAGACAAAACUCAGAGGAUUAUGAUCUUCCAAGAAAAACACCCACAUAUGAAAACAUCUGGAGAGGUGUGUCUCAGAAUGAACAUCCAAACAUUCAUGAUAAUUACCACGACCCUGUCUCAGUCGGAUCACAAAGAGACUGUGUAAAAUAUCUGUCUCCAGACAGACUAACGUCAACGACUGGGAAGUAUGUCAGAGUGAAUGAGAAACACAAUUCCGCGUCAUCUUCCCCGUCUCCGUCUAAAGACAGCGGGGUGAGUGGUCUGACCACGAGUCACGUGCUCGGUCCACAGAACACGGAUGCCAGUCUGAUGGACCGACUGCUGAGCACAGAGAGUAUUCACCAGCAGAGGCUGCUGGGAAGGGUGCUGCAGCUCAUCCGAGAGGAGUGUGACCUGGAGAGAUACAACACCGAGGAUUUAGCUAUAGCGGAGUACGUUACCUCCCUUGGUGGAGUGAAGUGGGAGACGUUCUCGAGCGCUGUGACAGAGAAAUACUCCGACCUGUGUUGGAGAGAGGACGUGAUGGCUCGACUCUAUCAGAUCGUCAGCGACCAGCGGCCAAGUGCAGCUGACAAGUAUAUUGUGAAAGGAAAAACACCUGUGAGCAUCAAAGAGGAUACUAGACAAGAGAUGAACAGAGAUGGUAGGAAACACCAAAGAACCAACUCUGCACCUGGUUUUGUCAUUAAUCAUGACUUCAGCAAUGGUGGUCUCAGUACAACAUCAUCUCAGCCCACACAACCAGCCCAUGAAGGUAGUGACCCGACCGGCGCACAGUCUCACCAUCGUGAAGCCAGACCUCACAACGACUGCUUGGAUAGACACUUCUAUGAGUCGAUAGAUAGGACAACCCACGCCUCUUCAUCCAAACACCAUUACGAGUCUCUGAACCGGCCUCACUCUGUGUGCCAGAACCGACUCGCUGUCUGUGUGAGCGAGACUUCUGACUCGACGGAUACCGAGCGGCUCGAGAAGCGAAGACGGUUCAAGAAGCGUUACGAGUUGGACCGAGCUAAGAGCUCCUCCAUGCACAGUUUGACGAGAAGCCAAUCAGGGUCGGCCACCGUGACAAGUGGGGCUGGUGACGCCCACAGUAAGCAACAUGAUGUCACAGGGUUUGUGAAUCAGUAUGACAUUAUUAGACCAAAUGAAGGCUAUGUGUCCAGGACUGACAAUGUCAGACGAAAUGAAGGAGAUGGCUACAAGUCUGAUGGUGUCGGACAGAAUCAAGGAUUUGUUUCCAAACCUGACAUUGACAGACAGAAUGAAGGACACCAUUCCAAGCCUGACGGAAUCGGUAAAAGCGAAGAUUAUGUCCCCAAGUAUGACAGUGUGAGGCAGGAUCAAGGACAUCUUUCCAAGCCUGACAGGACUUCACUGCAGGCAUCUGGUGCGAGCUCUAACCAACCUAGCUCUAACAGAAACGUUAACACCACCCAGACUGACAGUGUAGUGUAUUCCAUGGCUCACAACAACAAACACAGACUCUAUGACAGCAGUGGUGAGGACCGUAAACAGGAAAUACCAUCAUCUCAUCACACAAGUGCUUCGUGUGAACCAGGAAAUACUUCACAUUCUAACAGUGCGGAUGUUCGACCAGUGAGAUCAUUGUGGACUAACAAUGCUGGUUACGAGAGAGCAGAUCGGGGGCGUGGGAAGGCCACCCCCACUUCCAAUCCUCUCUCUGUGUUUCCGCGAAACAGACCCCCUCAGCACGGUAUGCAGUCAAGUUUUACUCCAAGUCGCAGCAGACCACAGAGACACUAUAGUGCUGACAGUUUAACUACAUUACAUACCGGUGGUAUAUCACUGGUAAAAUACCAUAAGAGAGAUAGCGUGGUUUACCACUGGGCGAUGACACAGCAUCAUGAAGUACAGGAGAUUAUUAGUUUUCUACAGACAAUCGAACAUGACGAGGAGAACAAGGAGCGUCUGGAGCACCGACUGAAGCAGACGCAGCAGGAGCUGGAUGUGGUGGGCAAACAGAGGAGGAAGACUCAGAGACUGUACCAGAAACUGACCACGCCACACGGCAAGUCACACAGCAAAGGAGAUCAGACGUCGGUCAGUGGCCAGAUGUUGAAGGAUCUCGCCGAGAUGACGAAAAAUCUCCGUUUUCUCACUCUCUGUAAAAACCACUUGCAGAUGCUGCUGUGUGAGCUGUACGGCCUGGACGAGUGCUUCCUCUACAGUCUGGCCACCUCGCUGCCCUCCCAGCCUCUGGUUCUGCGGCCGUAUGAAUCAAAUCCAGCGUUACAGUUCCAGUGUGUAAACAAGCCACUCAUUGGCUGUGACAUGAGGGUCCUUCAGGCAGGAGAGUGUGAGGGUCUCCUCGCCUACCUCUAUGUCUCAUCAGCGUUAAGUGCCGGCUAUGUUCAGCAGUUUCUCUACUGUUUCCGAUACUUUGUCACAGUUGAACAAGUCCUUGACUUCAUCCUCGACAAAUACACAGGUUCACAAAAAGGAAACAGUGGUGACAAGAAUCUGUUUCGGAUCCGGUGCCGAUCUCUCGACCUGCUCACGUUCUGGCUGGAGGGUUUCUACAGCAUCGACUUCCAGCACAACGCGCCGCUCACCACCAGACUAGAGACCUUCUUAAACAAGGUCAGUUUAUCAGAAGAACCUGGGUCCCAUGACUUGCUGAGUUUGUUGGAACUGUGUCGCGCCGGCCGCAACCUUGAGCUGUGCUCCGAAGAUGACAUUGAUGAUGAGGACGAGUCAUCUACUUACUUCCUGCACGUGAUGCCCACUAAGAAGUCAGUGGAGGAGAGAUUGAUGGAGUGGGAUUCAUUUCGGUCGAGUAAACGAGCGAAGAUGUCUCCUAAGAUUCUGACCGGAGUGAGCGCGGCGGAGACGAAGGCGAUGGAUCAGUUCAAGAUGGCCGCCAGUCUGAUGGACCUGACCCCGGUGGCAUUGUCACGGAGAUCGGAGAACUUCGUCAUCAGCGACCACACCGCGGCCAGCCUAGUGGAGCAGCUCACACUGCUGGAACAGGAGAUGUUUGGACAAACCCACCCAGUACACUUUCUCAACUCGAAGGCUCAUGGAGUGGGCGUGGCUCUCUCCAUGCAAGGACAACGUACUCCACUCUUACCCAGAAAGAAGGAUGAACCUGUGUCCCACAACCUGUUUGUGAGUGACCCGCCCCUGGAGCCGAUGGUUCACCGCUGGAUCACGUACAAUCAGGACAUUUCACACUGGGUGGCCGCCGAAAUCAUCGUCUGUCCGUCCGCAAAGAGUCAGGUGGCCAUGCUCAGCAAGUUUAUCGAGGUGGCCCAGCUGUGUGCAGACGUGCGUAACUUCGCCACAUGUCUGUCGGUACUGGGCGGGCUGGAGAACCUCAUCGUCAGACAGCUGCCCGUGUGGAAGAACCUGCCGGCCAAGUGUGUCACCACCAUGGAGCAGCUGGCCACGCUGAAGAUGCAGCUGAAGAGUGACCCAGACGUCCUGAUGAAAGAAAAGGAUAGCUACCUCCUUCCCACAAUCCCCUCUGUCCUUUACUUCCUGCUUCAUGUCCAACAGCUGGAGAUUGGAGGAUUUCGAUUGGCCAAUGGCAUGUACAAAUGGGGCAAAAUGAGGUCAAUAUCUCAGAUGAUUGACAUGAUCCGCCUGUUCAAGAACAAUGAGUAUCUGUUUGAGCGAGACUCGCAGCUCCUCAACUUACUGCGAAGGCGGAUACAAGAGUUUGAUGACAAAGAUCUUCAGGCGAUAGCAUCCAACAGUGACAUCAACGUGCAGAAAGUCGGCACAAAGGGAAUCCAUGGAGCUCUGCGGAAGAUUAAGGACAAGCUGCAGUCCAAAGGAUCCAAAUAAUGUCAACUGUAGUGGAACAAAACAUGUAGAUCUCUAAUACCUCAUGCAAAAUGAAUGUAUUAAUUAUCACACUAUUACGUGGCAGAAAAUCCAAGGGAGAUAAAAAAAAAAAAAGUAGUUAUGGAAAAAAAGAAGAUAAAUAAUAUGUACUAAUUGACAUUCUUAGUGAUGUAGUGGUUAAGCCAUCCAGCUAAAGGCUGGUUAUACAUGUACUGGGUUCGUUACCCAGAAUGAUUUUUAAGGGCUCGGUUGGGAGAUGUACAAGACCACUACACCGACUUCUUUCUCAUUAACAACUAAGUAUUGACUCACUGUUCUGGACAGCCCAGAUAGUAGGGACAGAUAGCCCAGAUUGUAGAGGUGUGUGUUCAGGACAGUGUGCUUGAACUGUAACUGGACAUAAGCAUGAAAAUCAGUUAAAUUAAUUACCGUUGAUGGAUGCAUGGCCUACAAGUAACAUAUGUUUAUCACCCCUCCAUUGGCACACGGGAUGGUACUUUACUGGUGGGAUGUCCUAAUUUUAGCAUAAAAUAACACCAAAGUUAAAGAAACCUGGCUAAGGAUUUUCAAAGCUAUCUUGGCACUACGAAAUUGUAAAACCACCGUAAGAUUGCUUCAAAAACAUGGGCCCAGCCUCACACUCAUCAAAUUAUUAGCUACAUGUUUUGCAGCAAGCAAGUAAAGGCCCAAAGAACACAAAGGAUCUCACAUGUACCGUAACAUAUUCAGUUUUUACACAGAAAAAAAGCCCAAUUUCGCUUGUCAUUAAGGGGCUUUCACCCCCUGCACGUAUGCAGUCUUGUACAACUCUACACACACACACCAAAAGUCCACUUUAUGUAAACAGUACUUGAAUUACAAACCAAUACGAUACAGUAUUCCUAGUAUGGCUAUACAGCAAUAUGUUUGUCAUUACUACGUACUGGCUGCAUCUUUAUAGUGUUCUUUGUUAUAAAUUCCUCAGAACCGGUAAUUAAACACUCACAUAAUAUUCAUGUUAUUUGCAUAGCUGAAACUGAAAAAAAUGUUAAAAUUUAAAUGAGUAUACAUGUAUAUGUAAAUUACAUUAUAUUGAAAUAUCUAUGAAAUGUGAAAAGCGAAACAAACAUGUAAAGAUAUUGAAUGUAUUUAUAUCUGUAAAGCAUGUCAACCAGUGCCCCAUGACUUGUUUAUUAAAGGCUGUGGUAUGUGCUGACCUGUCUGUGGGAAAGGUGCAUUUAAAAGAUCCCUUGCUGCUUUAAACAAAUUAGAAACUAUGUGGCAGCAGCAGGUUUCUUCUCUUAGUCUGACGUCUAUUUAAACAGAAAUUAGAAACUAUGUGGCAGCAGCAGGUUUCUUCUCUUAGUCUGACGUCUAUUUAAACAGAAAUUAGAAACUAUGUGGCAGCAGCAGGUUUCUUCUCUUAGUCUGACGUCUAUUUAAACAGAAAUUAGAAACUAUGUGGCAGCAGCAGGUUUCUUCUCUUAGUCUGACGUCUACUUAAACGUUACUGUUCCGACUGUGUGCAUAUAAAAUCUGCAACCACCAUUUCUAUUGACAGAAUAUGAUGACAGAUAAAGCAAAGUCAUAUCCAUAUAGUAGCAGGAUAUGACUUCACAUGUGACGUCACAUGCAUAGCUACAUUACAGAAUUGCUCGUUUGACCUCUAGGUCAUCAUACAAUGUAGCUAAAAUAACUGAAAUAAUAGCUUUUCCCCUUAAUUUUUAUAGUCUGCAGGAUAAAGAUAACAAGUAGUUAAAGACGUCGGAUAUCGGCUGCAUGCUGUUCAGGCAGAAUGAGUAGUUCUGCUUUGCAGUGAUGUCAUUAACUAGUUAUUUUCUAUUUAAUCUGUAGACUUGAGGCUUGAAGUUUGUAUUCUAAUAGCAGACUUUGCUAGUCUGGAGUCUGAACGAUUUUUCAAGCAUGGAUCCUGGAGUAACAUCUUUAUAUUCAGCAAGUGUGGUUUUAUUUAUAGUACUUUUCUUUUCAUUCUAGAAGUACAUAUAUAAAAAAAAUUCAUGAAAUUUUUGUUUGAAAAGCAUUAUUUAUUGAAGUGUAUAAUAAUAUAUGUACCGGUAUGCCUUUUUAUGCAAUAUAUGUUUGCCUGUAUACCGGUAUACUUCUGAAUAUAAAACUCUGUGAGUUAAUAAUUGUAGAUAGAAAAUAGUAUAUUGUAUGCACUAACAAAUGUUUACAGUAUAUGUAUUUAUAUUUCAGUAGGCCUAUAUUAUUGUUUUUACAUGAAACUACCUUUAAAAAAGGGAAAGAAGAUGUUGGUAAUACAAUUACUGUAUGUAAUACAGGGAGGAAAACGAGAAUGUUUAUAGUGUGUAAUGUUGUCUAGUGGAGAGCCAUUUAUAUACAGUAGCCCAAUACUGCCCGAUGGCCAAUUCUCUUCAGUUGUUCAAUAUGUAUGGCUUAAAUAUAUAGAUAUAUUUGUAUAUAUUAAGAGAGACAUUGUUUGUGCUUUUGUAUUCAUUUCAAUGUAUCUGUUUAAAAUGAAAUUACCCUUAUUUAUAAUUAUGAAAAGAACUGAUACUAUGUAUUUCAAAAUAUAUUCAGAUCAAAGUAUUGUUAUUUGUGAUAUUGAAGAGAAGUAAUCUGGAAUAUGCAAUAUUGUGUAUAUAUUUGGUUUUUAUACAUGUUUUUUCUGAUGCAAUCCUGUUUUUAUAAUCUGGAAGAUGGAUGUGUGGUGAGAGCUGUAGAAGUCUUCCUGAGUCUGUCUCAUAUGUUGUUGAUAUUAUCACUUACUUUCAUAUAUCAGGUAAACAAACUGCAUAAUUAUGUUGUUAGGAACAUAAAACUUAACAUUUGUUUCUGUAUUUAGGUUGGAAAAGCUAUAUCAAGUUAUAAUUACUGAUACUUUUUUUCUCUUUUUUUUUUGAAGUAACAAAGAAUUUUUUUUUUAAACUGCAGCUUCAUUAUCAUUUCAAGGGUAAUGUUUUCAAUUUUGAACCUUUUUUGUGAGUGGUAAAAAUAAUAAUAUAAUUAAGGAUCAAUUGUAUUAUAUACUAACCUCCCACCAAUAGCUGUGGGUUUAGUUGGGGUUUUUUGUUAAAAAAUAUUUAUGUUCUGCUGUCUAUAUGUGGCAACAAUGCUUUCUUUGUCUUUGUUGUUUUUUGCAAUCAACAUAUGCAUAGCAUCUAAGAAAAUAAUGCUUUAAAAUGUUGUUUUCCUAAAGGUCCUGUCAUUGUAUUCUAGUUUGUAAUUGUUGUCAUGGCCAUAAGCAUGUUAAACUUGAAUCUAACAUAACAAUCUUCCAGAUGGAAACUAUAAUUGAAUUUAUUUAAUAUAUAUUUAUACCAAUGUAUAUAUUAUGUGUAUAUUUUGUAAAUAUAACUGCAAUAAUAUAUUUGAUUUAACCCCUUCACCUGUAGAGACUAAUUUGGUGUUGGCAUGGAUAUGUGUACAUAUGAAUAUACAUGUAGUCCGAUAUAUCUGUUGUUAAACACGAUAUAUCAGACUAAUAUGAAUGUAACCAUGAACUGAGGAUUAGAUGCUGAAUAAAAUUAGGAGUAUCAGAAAUGAUCACAUGAGUUGGGGAUGCAGAUAUUUUGAAUAGCCAAUAAUCAAUAAUUAAAUGUUGGGAUGUUUUACAAACAUGCAAUUGAGGUAAAAUCUGCCACCUGUCUUACAUGAUCACAUUCUACAUGUACCUUCUAAACAACGUUGUCCGUUAUUUGACUCAAAUUAUCAACACAGACUUAAAACAAAAACAAAAGAUUUUAUUAUAACAUCAGUUGAAACUGGAUUUGCAUGCUGUGAAUUAUAUUUUGCAUAACUCGUAAUCCUAACACAUGUACAACUACAUUGAAAUUUCAAAUGCAUUAAAAUUUAAAAUAACUUAUUUUAAAAUGAGAUAUUAUUUUUCUAUUGAACUACUAAUUUGUUAUGCAUCAAGUGUCUAAAAUCAUGUUUAGAACUGUUUGCAAUCUCUCAAAACAUUCAUCAUAUAACCUUUUGGUGGUUCAUCUUAUUUUGACGUUACAUAGCUGAUAUGCGAAUGGAACGGUUCAUGUAAAAUAUUGUGCCCCAAGUUCCCGGAAUAGUCAUAUAGUUUUACAUGAAGCACAAUCUCUCCCAUCCUUCUACAAAAAAUUUUGGUUUUCUUUAUAAAUAAUUUCAGUUUGGUUUAACAUAAAAAGACAAGUAAAAGUGGUUUGGAAAUAACAAAAAAAGUUAGAAAACAAUCGACUCAGAAAUAAAUAAUUUGUAGUAAAUUCCUUUGCAUGAAAAAAAAAAGAAGCAUUCCCUGUUGGAAGGACAAUAAAUGUUUUUUCUGUUCUUGCUAGGUGAAAUCAAACCUGUAUUAGACUGUCAUGAUUGCUCAGUCAACACAAUUCAAAUACUGAUACAUUUGUUUUCUCUCUCGCAUCCCCUCAUCCAUUUGAUCAUUGUGGAAUCACCAUGUCAGUUGAAUGAAAUAAAGUAUUCUGUGGUGUAUUUUUGCUUUGCCAGUUAUCAUACACUUUUUUUCAUAAAUCAUUAUUUAUAGAUAAGUUUGCACUAAAUCAUUAUUUAUAAUUAAGUUUGCACUGUCUGUGAUAUUCAUGCAUUAUUUAUUGAAGUGUCAGUUAUUUAUAUACAUUUGUAUUUAAACUAAGUCUUCUGAAGUAAACAGGAUACUAUUUUCA